GCCGACGAUGAUGAUGGUGAUGAUGAAUACAUUGGAAAGUUUUUUUGGCCCUGGCGAGGGGUGUCAGAUUGAAGGCUCUGUGCGCAUGUGCGAAGGUGUCCAAACUGACAAUGCUGGGGAGAUGAAGAUAGUGUGUAGCUGCUUCUGGACUCAAGGAGGAGGAGAGGGAUCCGCCGGGCGAAAACAUGCGAUCCAAGGCGCGGGCGAGAAAGCUAGCCAAAAGUGACAGCGACAUUGUAAAUAAUAUGUACGAGACUGACCCAGACCUCAUUGGCCGGCGAAAGUGCAGAAGAGGAGACCGAGGAUAGCAUCAUGUCCCCCAUCCCCGUGGGGCCCCCCUCCCCCUUUCCCACCAGCGAGGACUUCACCCCCAAGGAGGGCUCGCCGUACGAAGCUCCCGUCUACAUUCCCGAUGACAUUCCAAUCCCUCCAGAUUUUGAACUCCCGAGAGUCUUCGAUCCCGGGGCCGGUUGGGGAUCUGGGCCAAAAAGAAGAUCGAAGUUGGGGAGAGACUCGGGCCUUCACGUGUCCGUACCAAAGAACCUCAUUGAAAGAGACGAACUUUGGAUGGGAGCAAAUACUGACUGAUUCGGAGGUGACAUCGCAAGAGGGCUGUAUAAAAAAGAUCACCGACCAGCUGGGGACCGAGAAGUUUUGCGUGGACACAAACCAGGCCGGAACCGGAAACUGGCUCAAAUACAUCCGAGUAGCCUGUUCCUGUGACGAGCAGAACCUAGCUGGGUGCCAGGUGAAUGAGCAGAUCUAUUAUAAAGUUAUUAAGAACAUCGAACCGGGGGAAGAGCUGUUGGUGUAUAUGAAAGAGGGAGCCUAUCCCCUGGGAACCAUGCCAGCCACUCUUGAAGAGGAGCAUCCAUUCCGCUGCGAGGAAUGCGACGAGCUCUUCCAGUCGAAGCUGGACCUGAGGCGGCACAAGAAAUACUCCUGCAGCUCCGUGGGUGCUCUGUACGAGACCCUGAGCGAGGAGAUCAAGCAGGAAGGCCUCAGUGACGGGCAGGUGCAUGAAUGCAAAGACUGCGAGAGAAUGUUUCCCAACAAAUACAGCUUGGAGCAGCACAUGAUCAUCCAUACAGAGGAGCGCGAGUACAAGUGUGACCAGUGUCCCAAGGCUUUCAACUGGAAAUCCAACUUGAUCCGUCACCAGAUGUCCCACGACAGUGGCAAGCGAUUUGAAUGUGAAAAUUGUGUGAAGGUGUUUACCGACCCCAGCAACCUCCAGCGCCACAUCCGCUCCCAGCACGUGGGCGCCCGGGCCCACGCCUGCCCCGACUGUGGGAAAACCUUCGCCACCUCGUCCGGCCUGAAGCAGCACAAGCACAUCCACAGCACCGUCAAACCUUUCAUAUGUGAGGUCUGCCACAAGUCCUACACGCAGUUCUCCAACCUGUGCCGCCACAAGCGGAUGCACGCAGACUGCCGCACCCAGAUCAAGUGCAAGGACUGCGGCCAGAUGUUCAGCACUACCUCCUCUCUCAACAAGCACCGGCGCUUCUGCGAGGGCAAGAACCAUUACAACCCCGGCGGCAUCUUCGCCCCCGGCCUACCUUUGACCCCGAGCUCCAUGAUAGACAAGGCCAAGCCCGCCCCCAACCUCAACCACGCGGGCCUGGGCUUCAACGAUUACUUCCCCUCCCGGCCGCCCCCGGGAGGCCUGCCGUUCUCCCCCGCCCCCCCGGCGUUCCCCACCCUCACCCCGGGUUUCCCUGGCAUCUUUCCCCCAUCCCUGUACCCGCGGCCCCCUCUGCUCCCGCCCACGCCGCUCCUCAAGAGCCCCCUGAACCACCCCCCGGACGCCAAGCUCCCCAGCCCCCUGCGGAAUCCUGCCCUGCCACUCAUCUCGGCCGUGGGCGCCGGCGGGGGCAACAGCAGCAGCCAGACCCUGGCGGCGGCCGCCGAAGAGGCCUUCGAGGGGCCGGCGGCGGAGAACUCGUUCGGGGAGAAGCUCAAGGCGCGGAGGCCCAGCGACGCCUCAGAUGGCAGCGACUUCGAGGACGUCAACACCACGACGGGCACGGACCUGGACACCACCACCGGCUCGGACCUGGACAGCGACGUGGACAGCGACCGGGACAAGGCCAAGGACAAGGGCCGACCGGCCGGAAGCCAGCCCGAGUUCGGCGGGGGCGGCGGGGGCAGCGGCGGAGGCGGCAGUGCCAACGCGGCCCCCGGAGGUGGGGCCGAGCUGCCCCUCUUCUACUCCCAGCACGCCUUCUUCCCCCCGCCCGAGGAGCACCUGCUCCCCGCCUCGGGGGCGGCCAGCGACUCCAUAAAGGCCAUCGCCUCCAUCGCCGAGAAGUACUUUGGCCCCGGCUUCAUGGGCAUGCAGGAGAAGAAGAUGGGCUCCCUCCCUUACCACUCCAUGUUCCCCUUCCAGCUCCUCCCCAACUUCCCCCACUCGCUCUACCCCUUCACGGACCGAGCCCUGGGCCACAACCUGCUGGUCAAGGCCGAGCCCAAGCCGCCCCGGGACCUCCCCAAGGCGGGUCAGACGGCCGGCGCUGCCGAGUCCCCCUUCGACCUCACCACCAAGCCCAAAGAGGUGAAGUCCGCGCUGCCCGUCCCCAAGCCCCUCCCCGCCCCGGCACCCGGAGAGGAGCAGCCCCUCGAUCUCAGCAUCGGGAACCGGGUCCGGGCCAGCCAGAACGGGGGGCGGGAGCCCCGGAAAAACCACAUCUACGGGGAGAGGAAGUUCGCGGCCGGCGACGUCCUGCCCAAGAUCUCUCAGGUCCAGCCCCCCCAGCAGCCGGCCCUGCACUAUGCCAAGCCGUCACCCUUCUUCAUGGACCCGAUAUACAGGGUGGAGAAGCGGAAGGUGGCAGACCCUGCUGGGGCCCUCAAGGAGAAGUACCUGAGACCCUCCCCGCUGCUGUUCCAUCCCCAGAUGUCAGCGAUAGAAACCAUGACAGAGAAGCUGGAGAGUUUUGCAGCCCUAAAAGCGGAUACAGGCAGCGCCCUGCAGCCUCUCCCACACCAUCCCUUCAAUUUCAGAACCCCGCCCCCGACGCUGUCAGACCCCAUCCUCCGGAAGGGCAAGGAACGCUAUACUUGCAGGUACUGUGGUAAGAUCUUUCCUCGAUCAGCAAAUCUCACCAGACACCUCCGGACGCAUACAGGAGAGCAGCCGUACAGGUGUAAAUACUGUGACCGGUCGUUCAGCAUCUCCUCCAACCUCCAGCGGCACGUCCGGAACAUCCACAACAAGGAGAAGCCAUUCAAGUGCCACCUGUGUAAUCGAUGUUUCGGGCAGCAGACCAACCUGGACCGACACCUGAAGAAGCAUGAGCAUGAGAAUGUCCCAGUGAGCCAGCACUCCGGAGUCAUCCAAAUCAUCUUGGCAUCAGCGUAUCCUCCCGAACUCGAAUCUGACAACCAUGCACUUUUAGAUGAGAAAGAGGACUCGUAUUUCUCUGAAAUCAGAAACUUUAUUGCAAAUAGCGAGAUGAACCAAGCAGCAACUCUAACAGAUAAAAGGCCAGAAAUUCAGGACAUCGAUAGCAGCUCGCAGUGUCACGGGUUACUGAACGAGAAGUCAGAGGACGUGGAUGAGGAAGAAGAGGAGCUGGAGGAGGAGGAUGACGACAGUCUGACGGGGAAGUCUCAGGACGAAACGGUGUCCCCCACCACAGAGCCCCAGGGGACGUACGAGGACGAGGAAGAUGAGGAGCCCACGUCGCUGACCAUGAGCUUUGACCACACCCGAAGGUGUAUGGAGGAGGAGGACGAAGCCGGCCUAUUAGAUUUGGAGCAGAUGCCGAAUUUUGGGAAGGGGCUGGAUCUCCGCAAAGCAGCCGAGGAAGCAUUUGAAGUUAAAGAUGUGUUUAAUUCCACCUUAGACUCUGAGGCAAUUAAACAGACUCUUUACAGGCAGGCUAAAAACCAGGCUUAUGCAAUGAUGAUAUCCCUCUCUGAGACUGCUCCUCUUCACGCUUCCUCCCAGAACUCCCUGGACGCUUGGUUGAACAUGGCAGGAGCGGCUUCAGAGUCCGGGGCCUUCAACCCCAUCAACCACCUCUGAGAGGUCCAGGAGGCGGCCCUAGGCCAGAGACCAACCCCCACACCCACCCACCCGAGCUCUCGCGACCACUCUCGCCCCGCUGAAGAUGGACUCUGGGGGGUGGGAGGGGACCCUCCAGGGGACCCGGGGUACUUGGCUGGAGAAACAGACCUCCCUCAGGGUCCCACCAGCGACUCCUGAUUCUCCCCCCCUUCACACUCGCUCACUUCUCAUCAGUCCGACGGAAGCUCUGGGCACCCGGAGCCCCUGAAGCGGUCCUAAGAUAUAACCAUCUCUAAGAAUAGUUGGGAAACACAGCUGAUUCCAGGUACAGUAUAGCACAUAGCAACCAGCUCUGGGUCUGCCAGUGAAGCAGAAGGAUUGCUCCAGUCGGAUUUUGGACUAGAAUUGAAGCCCCUCCAAUCCAUUCAGCUCCCCUGACCAGCAGUUGUGAAGGAAAACAAAUAGACGUAGAGGUGCCCUUAAAGACAUAGCGUGUUUUAAAGAUCUUUUUAUAAUGAAAAUGACAAAAAAAUAACUGUUUUAGUAAUCUUCUUGCCUACAGAUUCUCUUCAAGCACGUGGGUUUAAAGAAAAAAAGUAUUUUUUAAAAAAGAAAAAAAUCUUGAAUUACUUGCAAUUUUUUUUUUAAUAGUUUUUCAUUGCUUGGAAAUCUCAGCUCCCUUGCGGAUACUAACCAGCCUCAGAAAUACCACAGGGUUCGUUUGUGCUAUUUAUACUGUAUGAUAACAACGGGGCUUUCUCUCCGAUGCCCUAUUUGUACGCAACAAAAGCGGAAACCAUCCCGACCCUCCGGAGGCGGAACCCCAGAUCGUGUGUGGGGUGUUGGGGCGAUCCCCAGACGGGCCGAGCGGUCGUCCGAUAUGGUGGUCCCCGGGUGAGGGUGGAUGGCCUGCAGCCAGGGUGGAGACAGGUGCCUGGCAUGGAAUGACGCAUCCAAGGGCAGGGACUCCCACCAUUUUGCUGGGGACAGUCCCCAGCCAUGGGCCCGAGGCCCCUAAGGCACUUGAAGCGGAGUCCGUUUGCCCCCCUUCCCGUCCUACCACCCUCUGCCCACCAUCUUCCUGUCUCCUCCAUCUUGAACUCUGAGUGUGGCUGGCGAGGACGGGCAAAGCCUGCAUUCCUCGCUCUGCCCUGCUUUCUCCUGAGCCCAAGUGGCUUCAACUCCGAGGUGGGCGCAGCCAGGCAGGGGGCCUCCCUGGGGAGCAGCGGUCUCUGGGCAGGGCCGGCCCCGGGGUCCCAAAGCUCUCGACCUGGAGGGAUAUACAAGGAGCUCCACCUCCUCUUGCCGCCACGCCUUGGGCCCUGCACCCUGUGCCUCUACCAGCCUCACACCACGAUAGCGAAUUCCCACCUCCGAGGUUUGCACAAGUUCUUGGCACGAUGCGACUCAAGAACUGAACGGUGUCCAAAAGAAAUCCGAAUCUAAGAGUUAAGCUAGAACAUUCCUUUCUUUGAGAAAUCUGUCCGUCCUUUGACAUUACAGUACUUCCCCAGGCAAAUGGGUUUAAAAAUUACUCCCAUAGGGGCCAAUUUAAAAUAAUAAUUUGUUGUUGUUUUUUCCUGAUGGAAUUUACCUUAAUCUGUAUAUAACUUGUAAUUUUUUUCUAAUUCUUUUCUUAUUUUAUUUCUUCCUUAACAGUAUUUUUGGCAUUAGAUAUCAUUAUUGUGAAGAAAUAAUGUUAAUAUAAGUAUCUAGUGAAGGACCAAAAUUGUGUAAUGAGGUUGUGUGUUGUAUGAUUGAUAACCAGGAGGGAGAUUUGUUAAUGUGCAAACAUCCCCAGUUAAUCCUGCUGUUGUUGCUGCCGAUUUUCCAGACAAUCAUAAGUUGGGUUCAAUUUGAGUUUCAAUUACACUUGCAUUGAGGAGAAGUGUUCUAUUUAUUGCUUUUACUGUUUGGAAGAAAAAUCAGACAAGGCCCCAACCAGAAGAGAAAGAAAGAAAGAAAGCGCUCGGGUUGCCCUUAGAAAAAAGUGUAAAUAGAAAUAACUGUGAAACAACUUCUCGGGAGACCCGCAAAGCUGAUGUGCCAUAUAGAUAAGAACUUUUCAGUGUUUAUUUAUACAGCAAAUGGAAGGUGGGGG